CUGAUUGCAGCCUUGAUGGAGAGACGAGGAGCAGAGGGCGAUCAUUCAGAGCCGUGACGUCUCCCCGGUGAUGUUUGCAGCCAGUCAAGUCAGCAGCAGGCAGCAAGGACGAUACAGGAAGUGAGGCGAUGUGGCCUUCAAAAUAAAAGGCCACAGACCUACAACCAGCUGAAGGCAAGUGAAGCAGGCAGGACAGCCACACCUCAUGCGUGGGCUCAGCAAAGGUCCGAGUGGAUACGGGUCUGACAAACAUGGGUGUGCUCCAGCUCCACAAUCCCACUCACCCCAGCACGCUUCUGCAGCGGGCCAAUCAGAUGCGCCUGACCGGCACCUUGUGUGAUGUCAUCAUCACAGUGGACGGCCAGGAGUUCCCGGCGCACCGCACCGUCCUGGCCUGCACCAGCAAAAUGUUCGAGAUCUUGUUCCACCGCAGCAGCCUGCGCUACGCCCUGGACUUCCUGUCCCCCAAGACCUUCCAGCAGAUCCUGGAGUACGCCUACACCGCGUCCCUCCAGGCCACAGCCGAGGACCUGGAUGACUUGCUGUACGCCGCUGAGAUCCUGGAGAUCGAGUACCUGGAGGAGCAGUGCCUGAAGGUGCUGGAGACCAUCCAGGCCGAGGAGAGCGAGGAGGUGGCGGUGAGGAAUCACAGCUCCGGAGACCACAGUGACCACAGCAGGGCCAGGCAUUGGCGGCACAUGUUGAUGUCCAAGAAGCAUUCCAUACAGGAUGGACCCAACCGCACCACCCCCACCGCUCUACACCACCUGGCACUGUACCACAUGACGGAGAGGAGCUCUCCUGGUCCAGAGCCCGAGGUUGCUCCUGAGUCGAGCCCCAAGCCGGACACGGAGGUUGACAUGGAGAGCUCCCAGCAGCCUCGGCAACACAGCGCAGAGUUAUCCCAGACCCCAUCUCUGGAUCCUGUGAGAAGUAUAAAAUCAGAGAGCAUGCAGGUGGAUGAAGCCAACAGCUGCGAGGGCAGGUCCUCCAGCGCUGGGGAGGGAAGUUGUAUGUCAGACCAGCCCAGAGACGAGGGCCCGGGGACGCCCCUGAGAAGCAGUGUGAUCACCAGUGCUCGAGAGCUGCACACAGGCCCCGAAGACGGAGGACAAGUGGUGGGAAAUUCCCUUGACUGUUUCCCCGGGAUCGCUGAGAAACAUCUGGCCUCCAUAUACUCUGUGCCCUCCAACCACACAGGGGAGGGGAUGCUGCCAGUGUCCGUUUCAGUGGCCCCGUCCCUGGGCGUGCCGCUGGACCCGAGGGCCUACAGUGGUCUGCUGCACCAAGGCUUGCUGCACAGAGAGCUCCUCAGCAGGCUGGGCCAGUUUGCAGCAGGGAUGAGGCACGAGGGCCAGGCUCAAGGCCAGCAGUGUUGUGGUGAAUGUGGGCUUCAGCUGCACAGCAGGCAGGCCAUGGAGCAGCACAGGAGGCUGCAUAACGAGGAGAAGGGCCACGGCUGCGAAUACUGUGGCAAACACUUCCAGGACAGCAUGCGGCUAAGGAUGCACAUGCUGUCUCACACAGCUCCCGCAGAGGCGCUGGUGUGUGAUCAGUGUGGAGCAACAUUCUCCUCAGAGGAUGCUCUGGAAGCCCACAGGCAAACACACACAGGGACUGACAUGGCGGUGUUCUGUCUGCUGUGUGCAAAGCGCUUCCAGACCCAGAAGGCCCUGCAGCAGCACAUGGAGGUCCAUGCAGGCAUGCACAGCUACAUCUGUAGCCACUGUGAGCGCCCCUUCCCCAGCCACACUACCCUCAAAAGACACUUGCGAUCGCACACGGGCGAUCACCCGUUUGAGUGUGAAUUCUGCGGGAGCUGCUUCAGAGACGACGGCACGCUGAGGGGCCAUAAACGCAUCCACACAGGAGAGAAGCCUUAUGAGUGCAACGGCUGCGGGAAGAGGUUCAGCCUCAAACACCAGCUAGAGACACACUACCGUGUACAUACAGGUGAGAAGCCAUUUGAGUGUAAGUUGUGUCACCAACGGUCCAGAGACUACUCAGCUAUGAUCAAGCACCUGCGCACGCACAACGGCGCGUCUCCGUACCAGUGCACCAUCUGCCAGGACUUCUGCCCGAGCCUGGCCGCCAUGCAGAAGCACAUGAAGGGCCACAAACCCGAGGAGGUGCCGGCGGACUGGAGGAUAGAAAAGACUUAUCUGUACGUCUGUUACGUCUGAGCAGGACUUGGACCCCAUGCACAAUCUGACACACACACACACAAACACACACACACACACACACGCAGACACACACACACACAGACACACACCGUUGGGUGAAAACCUCAAGAACUCCAAUGUUGCUGAUUUUUAAAGUUGAAGGAUUAAAUGUUUCUUGAUGGGUUUAAAAAAAAGUAAUAAAAAAGACUCUUUUUGGCUAAACAGAAAAAUGCAUUGUGGGUAGGUGUCAUUCUGGGAGUUAAAAGGUUUUUAACCUGAAUACAGAGACAUGCAAGCAUAAAUACAAAUUUGUGCGCACACUGGGGCUGCCAAUAAUGAUUAAUUUCAUUAUCAGUUUGAUUAUUUUUACUAAUAAAUUGUUUAGUCUGAAAAACAUUUUAGUGACAAGGUGAGAUCUUCAAAUAACGAGUUUUGUCUGAGCUCCAGUCCAGUCCAAAGAGAUUCAGUUUACUAUGAUAUAAAUCCGAUUUUUUCUCACAUUCUGAGAAGCAGGAAACGGUGAAUGUUUAGCAUCUUUCCCUGAAAAAAAAAAACCAUUAAUUGAGUAUGAAAAUUGUUGACAGUUUCCUGACGACUAAACUGUUUCAGCCCUAGUGCACGCAAACGUACAGACACACAUUUUCUCUCUCUCUCUCACACACACACACUUUCAGUUUUGAUAAUAACUGUAUCUCUAAUGGAUCCACUGUGGUUAAAAUCAAUGCCACAAUGGCUGCGACUGCUGACCUGUAUGUGUAGCAGGAGCUUUUUGAUUGAUUGCUAAACCAUCAGGCAACCUGAGUCAUCUUCUAUGAUUGUGCAGUAGAUGUUGAAAAUAAUUCCACGAAGGCUUGAUUGGCUGAACUUUGCAACGUUUUCUCUCCUAAUUUCCUGUGACUUCUCAGUUUUUUUUUUUCCUGCUGUUGGAUUUUUAUUUUGGAGUUGUUUAUUUUCUGCAUGUUUUACUUGAAUGGCUGCCACGUUUUGACCUCAUAAGCUUGAUCUCUUUAAUUGCCUUGUCUUUCUUGCAGUGGGUGUUAUUGUUUCGAGGUAACUGGCUCACAAUUUGAGUUUCUCUUGCAAUGUAAUAGGUUUUGCUAUUUAUAUGUUGUUUAUUUGUUACCAAAUAUGUACUGGUUUUCAUCACGCAGUCUGUGUCUCUUGGGAUGAUUUCUAGUAGAGUGAGCUCUCUACCUCUCCUCACUUUUCACCGUUUGUUUUAAACCUACUGCAAAUUAUUCAUCCAUUAGUAGUUUUAAUUUUCUAACAAAUACAUCAUAAGUUAAAUGGUCAAACAGUGUGUAAAAAAUGCGAAGAGCCUCAACAUGGCUUUUAUGUGUAGUUUUUUAUCAUUAACUAUAUAUAGAUGUCUUAUAAAAAUCACAGAAUCAGAAUUUUCUAGAAGAAAAUUGAAGAAAACAUGAAAAGAAGGUGUUUUUUUUUUUUUUUUUUUUACAAAACAUGAAAAGAAAAUUCUGACAUCGAAUCACUAUGAGCAGGUAAUUGUCAGUUGUAGUGUAGCUGUAAUGUACAAACUGUCAUGGUAUGUUAUUCCCUUAUGUGAGCCUAACACGGGCCUUAUAGAUUUAAACAUGUUGUAUUUUUGUAUUACAGUAAUUUGCUAUUUGUUUACAUUUGGUAUGAUUUGAGAAACAUCUUAAAGUGUGUGUUUUAUAAGUCUCUGAUUUGAUUAAGACCCCUCCCUUGUGCCUCUUUUAUAAGUAGCGCAUUGAUGUGCUUGAGUACAUGGGUCUGUGCUAUUGGUAGUUGUUUCUGGGUGUUUGUUUAUUGUUACUUAAUUAAAGAUAGACUGCCAUGUAGAUCCACUUUGUCUGAACAUUGCAACUGGAAGCACCAUACUGUGAUAGUGGCUGAUACUCUGAUGCAAGUUCCAAGCAAUUUCAAUGUAAAAGUACACGCUUGUCUCAAAUUGUUCCCUUCAAAGUGACAAUGGACUGAGAUCUUUGGAUGAAAACAGUGCGUCUCGCAAAUCCUGGCGUCUGUGGGCAUUACCAAUGCCUUCUUAAGUAGCCAACAACACUCAGUGCCAUGAAAACACACAUUCACUGUAUCUAUUCUACAUGAACAUGCACUAUAAAUGGAUUUCCUCGGUGGACCAAAAGAAAUAGAGCACUUUUGUUUGAAAAGGGUUUUUUCUUUGAUCUUUCUAUGUUGUGAUAAUGCAGAUGUCCUUUUAUUUGAUGUGUCCUAGAAGGAUGUGAUUAGCAUUGUUUAGAUUAUGUCAAUGUCUGUCUACCUCAGGGCCAGAUCAAAGCUCGACCUGGUGUCCAAUCAGGGUUGUUCUUCUUGCCAUGUGUGCAGUAAAAUCCCUCUUCAUUACAGCUUUGUAACACAGUGUGUGAAAGUGUUUUCUCAGUGUGGAUUCAGGCACAACUCUGUAUGCGUCAGUGUUCAGUGGCAUGGUUAAAAAAAGAAUAAAACGAUUUAC